CGACAGCAAAGACAAGACCACAAUGGGACAUCGCCGGGUGAUUUCAUCAAAUUUAUCAAAAAUCCCUUACAAGACGUCCGACAGGAGUAGAAAAACGCAAUCGAUACGCAUUUAAGGACUUAUUGAAGUGGAUCAGAUACACACAGAACGAACCGAACGACGAAAAGUCAAUAGUUUUUCCUAAGGGAGGAAGUUUAUUGUGGCGAAGGAAAUAUAAUAGACCGGGUAGGCAGGGUGGGUCUGCGGAAAGCAGCCAGAGCGCGGUACAGUCAGAAUACAAACUCACCCACCCAGCAAGCAAGCCAUGGAGGAGUUCGGGUCAGCGUUGGAAAAGAAUGUGACCGAUUUAACGGUUAUGGACGUGUAUGACAUAGCCGCGGUAGUGGGCCAAGAGUUUGAGAGGAUCAUUGAUCAGUACGGCUGCGAGGCUCUGUCCAGGCUCAUGCCCAAAGUAGUGCGGGUGCUGGAAAUCGUGGAGGUGAUGGUCAGUAGGAACAGCAUCAGCCCGGAGACAGAUGAGCUGAGGCUGGAGCUGGAUAAACUACGGCUGGAGAGGAUGGACCGGCUGGAGAAAGAGAAGAAACACAAGAAGGAGUUGGAGCUGGUAGAGGAUGUAUGGCGAGGGGAGGCCCAGGACCUGUUGUCUCAGAUCGCUCAGCUUCAGGAAGAGAACAAGACUCUUCUCACUAACAUGUCCAUCAAAGAUCCCAUGAGUGAAGAGGACCUACAGAGGCACGAAGGUAUGUCGGAGCGGGAGCGUCAGGUGAUGAAGAAGCUGAAGGAGGUAGUGGACAAGCAGAGAGACGAGAUCCGAGCCAAAGACCGCGAGCUCACGCUCAAGAAUGAGGACAUUGAGGCACUCCAGCAGCAGCAGUCUCGUCUGAUGAAGAUCAACCAUGACCUGCGCCAUAAGAUCUCUGUGGUGGAAGCUCAGGGGAAAGCCCUCAUCGAGCAGAAGGUGGAACUGGAGGCGGGAGCUCAGGCACGGGUACAGGAAAUGGGAGCACUCCGGCAGGAAGUUACACGUUUAAGGGAGCGACUGCAAGGAGACAUGCCCCCUCAGGUUCCAGAGGUGCCUCCUCCCCAGCUCCCAUCCCCUGCACAGGAGGUACUUUGUGAUGAGGAGGUGGACGGCCUGGGCCAGAAGGAUCCCAACAGGCCCCGGUUCACACUGCAGGAGCUAAGAGACGUUCUGCAUGAGAGGAACGAGCUCAAGUCCAAAGUGUUCAUGCUGCAGGAGGAGGUCGCCUACUACAAAAGUGAAGAGGUGGAGGACGAGACCGGCCCUCCCACUCCUUCCCCAUCCCCCGAACAACUGAGGGCACGGCCCCGACACAACGCACAGCCUGAGUCAGGAAUCAAACGCCUGUUUAGCUUCUUCUCUCGUGACAAGAGGCGGAACUCCCAGCGGAAUGCACAGUUUGAUGACAGCUUCAGCUCGUGGGCGGGAAAUGAUGAGGUGUACACGGAACAGGCCCAGGAGGCUUUGCAGCACAUGUAGUGAUUGGACAGCGUUUGAUGAUGUCACUCAGAACUCUUUCCCUGUAACGUUGCAAUGCAAUUAAAGGCCUCGUAAAGGUUAGCUUAUUGCACAGUACACACACCUACAGCUCAGCACAGCCAUCCACCUACUGAGAUACAUACUGACACUGAAAUACCAUCAGCUCUAAGUAACAGAGUCAUUCACCCAGCAUCUAGAGUAGUGAAACCUAACCACCCUGGCUUUGGCAGUAAACUCCUUGCCUUGGGACUGUGCUUAGUGUGCCUGCUGCAGCAUAAUGGGAUUGUAUGACAUUUUUGCUUCUAAGUGACAGGAAUCACAGAGGGUUGAGGGUGAAGAGGAGCCUUUCUUUAUCCCAAAGUGAAACCCACCAGAAUUGAUGGAUGCUCAGAGCGGUUCCCUUUGUGUUAGAACAGGCAGGGAUACACUAGGCGUGAGAGAGACACAGAGUCAGGCUUGGAAGGUUUGUGGAACGAGGUGACAGGAGAGCGAGAUAGAGGAACCACACGAGACACUCCAGAUAGAGAAUUAUGGGACACAGAAGAAGAAAGAGGAGGGUUAAAUCCAGUAAAGAAACCUUGAAGACAAGUGGGCAUGUUUUUUUAAAUGAUUCAAAUAAUGGUGGCAGUUCUGACCCAGAUGUAGUAGGCUCUGAACCAUCUGUAUACUCCCCUGGCCCUGAGCUAGACCAGUCAUGUCCUCAGAGGCAGCUAGAGGGCACUAUGGCUAGGCCCACCUCACCAGCACUGGCUAAAAAGUGUGUGAACAAAUGUGUUUUUUUUACAGAUUGACCUUGCACAUAAAUUAAUACGUUACUGGGUGUUGAGAUGGGAUUGCCCAAUUUAAAGAAAAUGUUAUGGAUUUAUAUUUUGCCAGUGGUGAAUGAAGCACAGAAGGUUGUAGUUUUACAAUGUCUUAUGGAAAGACAGUAUUUUUGUUUUGGAAUUAUUUAACUAGAUGCUGCUUGCUGCUGCUUUUUUGUUUUCAGGCUUUUUAUGGUGCCUUCAGGACUAGCCAAGUGGUGUACAUGUACAUUUUGAAUGGGCUCCAUGUUGGAACCAAAUGUGACAACACAAACUAAAAACACUCCAUUGAGAAUGCAAAUUUGAAUGUUGUUGUGGAAUAUUUGGUUUAAACAUGGAUGACAGUUUGCCAAACUCUGCUGUGGCUGCAAGAUGGUUUGUGAGAAGUAAAAUGGUUAGUGUGGAUGAGGGAGGUUCUUGAUAAUGAGUAGUCCUGACUUCAGCAGUCAGACAGACAUAACACCUCAGCCUCACUAUGCUAAGAGAUCAUUGAUACUAUUACUAUGACUGGACAACUUUUCAAUUAUUUAUUUUAUGAUGCAAGACACUUAAUCAAGGUGCAAAACUAGGGCAACGCUUAUUGUGACAAAAGGGAUUGAUAGUCGAGAAAAGUUAUAUCUUGUCUGGUGGCAACAUCUACACCAAAAUGUACACAAAGGGGAAAUAAAUAAUACAGAAUCUAUCCAAACAAGGGAAGAUGUCAAUAUAUGCAAGACAUCCCUCUUUUGCAACAAACUUUAUGGACCUGCUUCACACCAGGUAGAUUUCUAUUGGAAGGAUUUUAAAUAUGAUAAAUGUCUCAGUUUUCAUACAGCUUGUUGCCUUUUAUUCAGAUAUGCAUACUCAAUAAAUAUGGUGAUCC